AAACAAGAUCUUGGUUCCCUCAUUCUUCAUACUGCAUCCGUAAUGGCUUUUCAACUAGCCUUGAGCUCUGCAGGAAAAAGGAUUGGUUUUGUUUUCCUGAGGACCACCACAGCAGCCGUGGACAUCAGAAGGGGAGCAGUGGGAAAUACUAGUGCUGAUGUCACUGACCACAACAGCCACAUGAAGCUCAAGACUAUAAGUCAUCUCCCAGAGAUCAAAAUCUGUAGAAUGUUGUGGAGACUGUUCUUUAAAGGCUACCUCAAUCGCAUGCAUGAGCUGCAGUUAUAUGAAAAACUGCUUUAUGGCCCUUUGUACAGAGUGAAUGCUGGAAACUACAAUUGUGUUUCAAUAAGCAAUGCAGAAUUACUGGAAGAACUGCUUAGAAAAGAUGAGAAGUUUCCCUCCAGAGGGGACAUGACACUGUGGACGGAAUACCGUGACAUGAGAGGCAUCGGCUACGGCCCUUUCACAGAAGAAGGAGAAAAAUGGUACAACCUGCGUACAGUGCUGAACAAACGUAUGCUGCAUCCAAAGCACUCAGUUCAGUACGAAGAUGUAAUCAAUGAGGUGGUCACAGAUUUCAUCAAAAGGAUUUACUAUCUGCGUGAGGUCAGCCCCACGGGUGACCUGGUCUCGGACGUGGCCAAUGAACUUUACCGCUUCUCUCUUGAAGGGAUAUCAUCCAUUCUGUUUGAGACACGAAUUGGUUGCCUGGAGAAAGAAAUUCCUUCAGAGACACAAGAUUUUAUUGACUCCAUUGCACGAAUGUUCACCUACAGCUUGCCUGUGAUGGUGCUGCCAAAGUGGACGCGCAAUUACUUGCCAUUCUGGCAACGGUACAUCAGUGGCUGGGAAGGCAUAUUUAAAUUGGCUGCUAAACUGAUUGACAUGAAGAUGGAGGACAUUCAGAAGCGUGUGGAGGCAAAUCAGGAGGUUGCUGGAGAGUAUCUUACCUACUUGCUUUCCAAUGUCAAGAUGUCCAGUAAGGACAUUUAUGGAAGCAUUGCUGAACUGCUGUUGGCUGGAGUGGACACAACCUCAAACACAAUGAUGUGGGCACUGUAUUUGCUCUCAAGAGACCCAGCAGCACAAGUUGCUCUAUAUGAGGAGGUAAACCGUAUUGUAAAGGAUGACAGAGUGCCAACAGCGCAGGAAGUGAACAGCAUGCCAUACCUAAAAGCUGUCAUUAGAGAAGCACUAAGAAUGUACCCUGUGGUCCCCAUAAAUGCUCGUAUCAUGACAGAAAAGGAUGUAGUCAUUGGUGGACACUUUUUCCCCAAAGAGACGACAUUCACAAUAAUGCAUUACGCAAUCAGCAAUGAUGAGAAAGUGUUUACAGAACCAAGGAAGUUCAAACCUGAACGGUGGCUCCGAGAUGGCAGAGCAAGACCGAACCCGUUUGGCUCCAUCCCGUUUGGUUUUGGAGUCAGAGGUUGCGUUGGUCGUCGCAUCGCUGAAUUGGAGUUGUAUCUGGCUGUGGCGAGGAUAAUCAAGUUGUUUGAGAUCAGACCAGACCCAACUAUGGGUGAGGUUCAAGCACUCAAUCGCACAGUGCUUGUGGCAGACAGACAGGUCAACCUUCACUUUGUGGAAAGACAGAACACACCUCAGUCGUAGCUAAAGAAGACUGUACACAUUGGCCUAAAUGAAUAAUGAGAAUUUUUACUUCUUUGUGUGAGCUUCACCUCUCUUUCCAUGUGAUAUGUUUUGCAAUAUAAAGGAUACAACACUGUGAAAAAUUCAGUUCUUUUAUUUUGUAUAACCUUUUCAUGAAAUAUUUUUUCAUGUAUUAUGCUGAAAUUAAAUUGAGCUUUUAAGGAGUGUUUUUAUGUAGUCUACUAAAUGAGCUGAUAAUCGGGUAAUUUGUAUACAUAAAUAUUGUAUUUCAUGAUGCUGUUUAGGCCCUACAUAUAAAUGUACUUUAUUUUAUGAAUUUUAUGAAUCUGGUCUUUUUUAUACAUAAAUAUUUUAUUUCAUUAUGCUGUUAAGGCCCUAUGUAUAAAUGUACUUUAUUUUAUACAUUUUAUGAAUCUGGUAAUUUGUAUACAUAAAUAUUCUAUUUCAUUAUGCUGUUUAGGCCCUACAUAUUAAUGUACUUUAUUUUAUGAAUUUUAUGAAUCUGGUCUUUUUUAUAGAUAAAUAUUUUAUUUCAU